UCUGUAACAGCCAAACAGCAUGGACUAGUCAGUAGCAGCCAGUUAAUAGCUGCUUUAUUCGGGACUAUUCAAAACUAUUCGAAAGUACAUUAUACAGAUUACAUUUUCAAGAAGAAAGAUACAACUUAUAUUCGUAUCAAUCACGUAUCUUGAUUAAAUACAUGUGAAAUGAUGGCAAAUAAUAGCAAGAGUUCUUUUAUUACCGUACCUGGCUUCUGUCCCGAUUGUGGUUCAAUUUUACCUUUGCUUGGGGAGAAAGGAGGAGUUACAUGUUACACAUGCAAAAGAGAAUGGGGGGCUGAAGUUUUUGGCGAUAUGGAAAUGACACAUAAGAUCCAUUUUAAUACUAAGGAUACUUAUGUGUCUGUCAAAGAAGCCGAGGAUGAUAGUGAAGAUGACGCAGAUGGACCAACAUUGGAGCGAGAAUGUCCUCAGUGUCAUAAUGAUAAAAUGUCCUAUGCAACAUUGCAAUUGAGAUCUGCUGAUGAAGGACAAACUGUAUUUUUCACAUGUACUAAGUGCAAAUUCAAAAUAACGGAGAAUUCUUAAUAAGGACUUAAUAUAAAAUUACAUUUUAUUUUAUAAGAAAUACUGUAUAGAAC